CACCGAAGAAGAAAAAGGCGGAAGCGUGCAGCAAGAAGAGCGAGACCAACAAACUAACAAUAGCUACCAGAGAAAUACUAACAAUAGCUACCAGAGAAAGACUAACUAACAGUAGUUACCAGAUAAAGACUAACUAACUAACACUAGUUACCAGGUACCGACUAACUAACUUACACUAGUUACCAGAGAAAGACUAACUAACUAACAAUAGCUACCAGAGAAAGACUAACUAACACUAGUUACCAGAUAAAGACUGACUAACUAACACUAGUUACCAGAGAAGGACUAACUAACAAUAGUUACCCGAGAAAGCCUAACUAACUAACAAUAGUUUCCAGAUAAAUACUAACUAACUAACAAUAGCUACCAGAGAAAGAGAAAGUAACUAACAAUAGUGACAAUAGAGAAAGGUAAAGUAAGAAUAGUAGUGGUCGCUGGGAAGAAGAGAAGAUGCUAGAAGAGUUGGUGAAGGAGCGUCUGAUGGCGGCUGCAGAUGACAUCCUGGCGCUGUUUGCUAGAACCAUCGCCUCUUACGAGGACCAACUCAGUCGCAGCAGAGAGGAGAAGAAGGAGGAAGUUAGUCGCAGAGAAGAGAAGAAGAAGAAGAAGGAGCGACAUGGCUUGGAAGAGCUCUGCAGAACUGGCCUUGUGUUGGACAAUGAAGAUGGACGUCCUCAAAGGGGGAGCUCCACCCUGGAGCAGCAGGAGCCACAGCCCCCUCACAUGAAGGAGGAAGAGGAGUGGAGCACACAGGAGGAGGCUGAUGCCCCCGAGUGGAGCGUUGUGUGUGUGAAGGAUGAAGAGUCCUCACAGCUUCAUGGCAGUGAGGAGACCAGGGGGGCGGAGCCUCCAGGAGCAGACACACUGUGGUCCCACCCCCCUGAGGACCAGCACACCCAAGGAGAAGGAGCGGAGGUGGAAGGUGAUGUCCAGAAAGGUUGUGGCAGGAAGCGAGUGACUUGUUCUGUUUGUGCUCAGAGUUUCUCCAAGAAGAACAGUCUGACCCAACACAUGCGCUCGCACACGGGUGAGAAACCUUUCAGCUGCUCCGUUUGCCACGAACGCUUCGCUCGGAAGCCCUACCUGGUCACGCACAUGAGGACACACACGGGAGAGAAACCCUUCAGCUGCCCCGUCUGUGGCCGCAGGUUCUCGCAGCAGGGAGCCAUAAUCUUUCACAUGCGCACGCACACGGGAGAGAGACCCUUCAGCUGUUUGGUUUGUGGCGAACGCUUCGCUCGGAAGUCCAACAUGGCGUCGCACAGGCGAACCCACUUGGGAGAAAAACUCUUCAACUGUUCGUUGUGCGGGAAACACUUCUCUCACCAGUCCCACAUGGCAAAGCACCUGGAGAAACACCACUGAGAGAAACCUUUUAUCUGCUCAGCAUCACAAAAAGGUGCUGUUUGGAUGUCCCGUUAAAGACCAUUGGAGAUCAUUCCAAGGAAGAAGUCUGUGAUAGUCAUGGAAUUCAAGAAAGAAAUCAUGACUUCUUGUCACAAUGUGUGUUGUGUCAGUGUGUACUCUACUGCUUGUGGAAAGUGUCUCAAGCUGCAAAGGAACGGAGUUGAACUUUCGUUUUGCUUUGAAGUAUCAACCUUGCCAAGUCGCAGCCAGGGACCACAAUCCAAAUUUAAAGUGUUUGUUUUUAAGCCAGUGAAACAAAUGUAAAUGUUUUUACUCUCAUUGUCUAUUUCUGGUCCUCAAAUUCUUCCUGCAGGGCAGACAAUGCCAUGUUAUCCAAUAUCACAAAAGACUUGAGUGUCCACGUUCUGUGGCAGUUUGGGCGACCUUGAACGCCUGCCUGCGUCUUCCAUUUGGUGGAUACAUCACUCAGUCCAGUCAGCAGGUGUCCUGUGACCAUGGUCUUCAUAGGUCCACAUCCUCCGCUGAAAGCCUCGCCAGGCACACAAGCCUCCACUUCUCCUAGGAGUCCCUCCUGUGUCCAGCAACAAUCAAGACAGGCACCGAACUCAGAAUCAGAAUCAGAAAUACUUGAUUAAUCCCCGAGGGGAAAUUAAAAUUUUCAGCACAAUCCCAUUCAAGAUCAGACAAACAUUACAGGGAGACAGAACAGGACCGCUGACGGGUCUGCCAACUUCCAGCGCCCCUUACAAAAAAGGUGAGAUACAGGUAAACAAUUGGGGGCGGGGGGAGAAAACACACAUCCCUCUUACAUGUGUGUAAGAGGGAAACAUCAAAGAACACAAAGGACAUUAAAGACAUUAAACGAGCAGAGCUGAUGCAACCAGCCACUUCUACAUACAGCUAUGAAUAAAAAGUAAAAUAAACAUAUACACUGUGGUGGCCACAGCCACAACUCCAGAUCUUGUCAAUUUUGUUGAGAGGCCAGUUGAUCAAUUGUGUUGUUGACAUUGUGGAGAGCAGUGCAAACAGGAAGUGAAACAAGACAAAGGCAAGCAGGAGAGUGGGUCUCAUCUCUCAAGGUGUUUUACACAUGGCUAGCGGCCAACGUCCACCUGCAGUGUUUUAGCUACUUCUAAAUCACUAAUCCUGGCCUCCAUGGCGACAAAUAAAAUAAAGUUUCUUACAAGUAUCAUUAUCACUGGAGGACGAGGAAUAGCUAAACAUGCGUCACUACACACCGUAGGAGGAUACAAUAGCUCACCGCUAACAGCAAGCUAGCGCUCCUCAAUGCAAACAAAUGGGUGGAUCUACACAAAUAUCCACUAAUGAUACCAACUACAAGAGCUGUAUUUAGUCGAUACUACUAUGAUUACAUUUAUAUUUUUAUAUUAUGUUUAUUUUGUCAAAUUGUUAUUGUUUAUAAAGUCAGUAAAUAUGUCCCUGGACACAGUAGAAUUUUAUUUUUGACCCUGGAACUACUUGGUAUCAGAUCCACAUGUGUACCAAAACGUAUGUCAAGUAUCAAAGAAGAGAAGAAUAAGUGAUUAUUACAUUUUAACAGAAGUGUAGAUAGAACAUGUUAAAACAGGAAGUAUGCCGAUUCUGACAGGAAAUGAUCAAGUAGAU